AUGCAGCCAAGAGGCAGUUCCCGCGUUGUCGUGGAGGACUCCGAUCCAGGGAAGGACCUGCAGCAGGAGCAAGAGAAGGAGCAGGAGCCUCGUCGGUUCCUGACAUCCGCCCCAUACCGCGAGGCUCGUGUCGGGCACGCCACAUCGUUCGUGUUCCCCAUCGUCCCGACAGACCUGGGCCUGGAGGAUGCCCUAAAACAAGUCUUUGGCGAGGCACCAGCUGUAAGUGGCAGCCAACAGCACCCUGCCCUGGCAGACAAGCCACUUCAAGAGGAAUCUGGCAGCCAACAGCACCCCACCCCGGCAGACAAUCCACGUCAAGAGGAAGCUGCUCAGCCUGGUGUAGCCCCCCAGCCCGCUGUGGCUCCCCAGCCCGAUGCGGCUGCCACCAUGGCCGAGGCUCAACAGUCUGCCCCGGAUCAAACCCAGGACACGUCCAAGCAGCAAGGCAACAACAACACCGCCGUGACUGUGAAGCCGCAGUAUCACAAAAAGGUGAAGAGAUUAAUGUUGAACCAAGCCGACUGGCUGUGGGAAGACGGCUCCAACCCAUCGAGGAGGAACCCACUGGAUACGUAG